AUGGAAGCUUUUAGCUUUCUCAAAUACUGGAAAGGAGGUGCCGCACUCACUCUCACACCUACCUCACCCACACUACCUCUAAGCGACAUCCAAACCCACCAAGACGACACCGACGAUGGCCCUUUCUUCGACUUAGAGUUCACUCUACCCGACGACUCUGAAGACGCUAAUGAAAAUCUAAACGACGACCUAGGCGACGAUGAUAUUAAUAACAACGACAACGAUGACUCAGAGUCAGAGUCAGAGUCAGAGAGUGAGUUCAAGUUCACCAUUUCCCCUUCCAAUUCCAGCAAUGACCCUAACCUUUCGCCCUCACCUUCCCACUCCGAACCUAACUCCAAGCCUCACCUCACUGCCUCCUUCUUCAAAUCCGCCACCAAGUUCCGCGUCUUCAUGUUGGGCCUCAAGAAAUCAAAGCCCAACGUCGUCUCCGACAAAGAGCCCAACGCCUCUGACUCACAGCCCAAGAAGUCGCAACAGAGAAAGCUUUUUACAGUGAAAUUCAAGGUUGAAGAAGCUCCCAUUCUGUCUUUCUUCACCAGAGAUAACAGUUCAAAAGGAAAACCUUCUCAGAACACACAGGAGUCGCAGUCACAAACAGAGACGCUAUCACUUUCUUCUGCUUCCGACGAAAAUCGCUUAAUGCGCAAGUAUUUUAAAAUGGUUAAACCUCUUUACGUUAAGGUUUCUAGAAGGUUCUCUGAGCAGCUCAACGCGAGCACACCUGAGUCAGAUAAAGCGGAAACGCCACAGCCGGAGUCUUCUCCGGCCAAGGGGGUGGCGGAGAAGCCUCAGACGGAAGCUGAAAGUUCUGAAACUGCGGGAACCAACGGGAAGGGUCAGAAGCAGGGGAACAUUCCUCUGCCUGCAGGGCUACGAGUUGUGUGCAAGCAUUUGGGGAAGAGUCGUUCGGCGUCUUCGUCGGCGGCGACACCGACCCCGGCGGCGGCAGCUUUAGUUUCUUCGAGGCGGCGUGAUGAUUCGCUGUUGCAGCAACAGGAUGGGAUUCAGGGUGCUAUUUUGCAUUGCAAGAGAUCCUUCAAUGCUUCUAGAGAUACAGAAUGCGAGUCUUCUGAGCUGGCAGGAUGUGUAAGCGAUUCAUUGCAGGAUAUAUCUCCGGAAUUAUCUAGAAAUUCUACGAAUGAAGGAUAA